GCUGUUGAAAACUGAGCUUGUACGGCUCUAUGAGCACGCGUAGCAUCGAUGUCUUGCUUUAGGAGAGUCAUCGUAGGCACUCUACUGAUUUCACAGCCAUGCAUCGUAUAUGGCCAAACAAUUGUCGUGGGCAAUUCAACCGUUUCGGCCAACGAGUCUACGGUAGCCCCCGCUGUAGCUAUCGUCGACGCGAAGGAAUCGAAUUCAACUGCCAAUCUCUUCGAUGGAGAGACGCAACAAUUGACCGAUGCUGUCAUAGCAAAUCUCACCGACUUGGAGCUAUCUAACAUCGCGCUGUUCAGUUUUCAGAAUGAAUCGAGUCUGAACGAGACGUUAGCUAAGCGGACUGUCCCUGGAAUAUGCAAGACAUAUCCAGAUGACCCAUUUUGGCCUUUCUCAUCAACAUGGCACUUAUUCGAUAUCUUACUUGGCGGAGGUCUCAUCAAGACAGUCCCGUAUGCCUCCUCCUGUUAUAGUUCAUUCAAAGAUUAUAACUCAACCAAAUGCGAGUUCAUCACCAAUAACUGGAUCAAUGCAUCCAUCUACCACACCGAGGACCCUACUUCAAUCAACGCGGUCUUAUUCCAGGGAUCAACCUGUAUGCCACCGGCUCUGAUGCCAGCGCAAAGUGAAUGCACGGUUGGCGGGUAUCCCGAAUACGCGGUUUCGGUCCGCAAUGUAGCUCAAAUCCAGCUCGCGAUUAAUUUCGCGCGUAACCUCAACCUGCGCGUAGUGAUCAAAAACACCGGCCACGACUUCAGCGCGAAGUCCGUCGGCAUGGGAGCGCUGUCGAUCUGGACUCACAACCUUAAGCAGAUCCAGUUCUUAAGGAAUUAUCGACAGGGCUCCUAUCGUGGUCCUGCCUUUAAACUCGGUUCCGGAGUCCAAGCUUUCGAAGCAUACGAGGCGGCUAGGAAGAAUAAUGUUACUAUUGUGGGAGGCGAGGGCCGAACUGUUGGAGUCAUGGGAGGUUUCCUUCUAGGUGGUGGCCACUCGCCCCUAUCUAGCCUCUAUGGCAUGGCUGCGGAUCAGGUACUAUCGAUGGAAGUGGUCACAUCUGAUGGGCGGUUCGUAACUGCGAACGAAAUAAGCCACCCGUCCUUAUUCUGGGCGUUACGUGGCGGCGGAGGUUCUACUUUUGGCGUAGUCACGUCGGUCGUCGUUAAAGCAUAUCCGAAGAUUAAGGUGACGACCUUGACAUACAUUUUAGCAACUGGGCCGACUAUAUCCUAUACACAAUUCUGGGCUGCGAUGCGCGCUUUCUUCGACGGCUUCAUCACUUAUACUGACGCUGGUAACUACGAGUAUUUCCGAAUCUCGAAGCUGGGCGAAGGUAGAUAUUUCUCGGAUAUGGGUCCGUGGUUCGCGCCUGGAAUGAAUAAGACGCAACUGCAGACGUUGGUAGCACCUUUAUUUAGCAGAUUCAAAGAGCUAGGUGUUGAGGUCAAGCCGGUUUACAAGGAAUACGACGAUUUCUAUGAUGCCUGGUAUGCGAGCUUUCCAGUCGAGCCUUGGGGUAGUAACGCGAUUCGUCAGGCGAGUCGUCUGUUCCCGAAAUCCAACUGGGAAGACGCGGCUAAGCUGAAUGCUACGUUCGACGUUAUCAAAAGUGUUGUUGAGGAGGGUGGCUACAUAGUCGCAUUCAACAUCGCGGCGGCGCCUAAGACAGGAUACCCGGACAAUGCGGUAAAUCCGGCGUGGAGGAAUACGGUGAUGCAUGCUAUCAUGGCAACGCUUUGGAAUACGACUAGUUCCGAAGCCGAGAUGAAAGCCGCCAGCGACAGGCUCACGUACGGUUGGAUGCAACGCUGGAGAGACGUAUCACCCGGCGCGGGUGCUUACAUGUCGGAGGCCGACUAUAUCGAACCUGAUUUUACCCAGGCAUUCUUCGGGGACAACUAUGCGAGGUUGUAUCGAAUCAAACAGUUCUACGAUCCGUUCGGUGUGUUUUACGCCCACACUGCUGUUGGAUCGGAGGAUUGGAAGAUGUCCAAGAUGAUAUUAGGAAACUUGCCGUCGCAAAAUAGUAAAUUAUGUAGAAAGACUUAGAAGAUAUAGAUUAUUAAUUCAUCCCUGUGAUAUACUAAUCCCGAGCUGGCAGGUUAGGUGAGUAUUUUGGGUCUCACACGAGCAUCAUUGAGAAUCUGUAAGAAAAAAAGAAGAAAAAAAGGGAAAGGUGUUGGUGGGACUGUUCAGACUGUUGAGUAUGUUGGCUUGGCAAUAUACCAUAUACUCAUCAUGAACUGAUUAUCUGCAUAGAAAGAGCGGUGACAUGUCUAGGUCUGAGAUACGUAAGACGGCAAAGAGAUAUAGAGGCACAGAUGGAUUAAAAAGAG